AUGGCGGAGCGCUACCUGAUCACCAAGGACACCGUGGCGGAGGGCGCUGUGGUGCCCGAGAUGGUGAAGAUGAAGCUGGAGCGCAACGCGGCGCUGGCAGAGGAGAAACAGAAGGCCGCCGCGGUCAAGAAGGUUGAGCGGGCUACCCGUCGGCACGACCUGAAGAUGCGCACGCUGAAGUACGAGAAGGAGUACGCCACGCACACCCGAAGACUCGUGGCGCUGCGCCGGCAGGCCAAGGCGGCGGGCAACUUCUUCGUUGAGCCAGAGGCCAAGCUGCUGUUCGUGGUAAGGAUUGUCGGCAUUAUCAAGCUGAGCCCCAAGCCGCGCAAGGUGCUCCAGCUCCUCCGGCUGAAGCAGCUGCACAACGGCGUGUUCCUGAAGGUCAACAAGCCGAUCUUGAACAUGCUCAAGCUGGUGCAGCCGUACGUCACGUACGGCUACCCAACUCUCAAGACCGUGAGGGAACUCGUGUAUAAGCGCGGCUUUGGCAAGGUGAACAAGCAGCGCCUCCCGCUCUCCGACAACGAGAUCAUCGCGAGCAGCCUCGGGGAGCAGGGCAUCAACGGCGUGGAGGACCUCAUCCACGAGAUCUACAGCGUCGGGCCGAGCUUCAAGCAGGCCUCCAACUUCUUGUGGCCCUUUAAACUGUCCGCCCCGAAGGGCGGCUUCGAGAAGAAGCGCCACGGCUUCUGCGAGCAGCGCGGCGGCGCGUGGGGCAACCGGGAGGAUCUCAUCAACGAGCUGGUCUCGCGCAUGAACUGA